UCUCUCUCACUCCCUCUUUCCAUCUCAAGAAGCACUCCUGUUUUUAUAAAUUUGUGAUCUGUCUCUCUCCUUAACCCUCACCCUACCUCCUUAUCCCGCACUCCAUCUCUUACCUUGUGCUAACCUUUUCAUGGUAGCGAACCCGAUCUUGAAACCAAAUAGUAGAGAAGAAGACGACGGAGGAGAGGUGAAGGCUAAACCGGUAAAAAAAGAUCCCCACUUUCCCAUUUCUUUUACCAUCCAUUAGCAAUUUACAGUUUGUGAUUAGCUGUGAGAGCGAUAAAGUUCAUGGAGGUUUUGGUGGGACCCACUUUUAGCAUCGGCGGCGAUGUUUCCUCAAAUGGGUCGUCGUUCGUUGUGCCUCCACCACUGCAGGAGAAGCACCAGGUGGGAAUGGCCCCGCCGUUCUUGUUCUUGAAAGAGGAAGAUGGUGAUGGUGAUGAGAGUCCGAUCUCGAGCCGGGGCGGGUCGGGUAUACACACGGAUGAUUUAUCUGAGAGUUCUUCGUCAAUCGGAGCUCCGGAUGACAGUGAAGAAGAAGAAGAAGACGACGAUGACGACGAAGAUGGUGUCGUUUCUUCGAAAAAGAGCAACGUUUUGGGCACUUUGAAUUCUUUAGAAGAUGCUCUUCCUAUCAAGAGGGGAUUAUCGAAUCAUUUUUCAGGGAAAUCAAAGUCAUUCACAAAUUUAUCAGAAGUGAAUACAGUAAACACAGUGAAGGAAUUGGAGAAGCCAGAGAAUCCAUUUAACAAAAGGAGGAGAAUUUUAAUGGCAAAUAAAUGGUCAAGGAAAUCUUUUUACAGUUGGUCAAAUCCAAAAUCCAUGCCUCUCCUCGCUCUGCAUGAAGAUGAAGAUGAAGAUGACGACGACGACCCAAGAUUAAGAGCAGCACAAGCACAAGAUCAAGAAAACAAGGAAAACCCAUCAAGUGAAGCACUUGCACAAGGAAUCAUAGUAAGAAAAUUGCAUGAGAGGAGGUUUGCUAAGUUUGGUAUGAAGUCUCAAAGUUGCUUCUCCCUUUCAGAUCUGCAAGAAGAUGAAGAAGAUGAUGAUGCAUAACCCCCAACAACUAUUUAUUUUAUUUUUACCUUAAUUUAGUUUAGCUUUCAUUUGUUUUCUUCUCCGAUUUACAGAGUUUUUAAUAAAAAAACUAAUAUAUCUUCAAUGCUUUUUUUUCCUUCAUUUUUUCGAUAGGAGAAGAUAAUGCAAGAUGGAUAAAUUUUUGUCAUUGGACAGUAUGCUUGACUUGUUAAAGACAUGAUUAACCUUGCACUAUUGGGUUUUUGAGCCCUUUGGAUAAGGAUAACGGUGACUUUUCACCCAUUUGGAUGACCUGUAGGUAGCCAACUUUAUCUUUAUCCAUCCAGCUUUAGGGCAUGUUAGGAGAGGAGGGAUCUGUCCAGAUUGAUUUUCUGUAAAAAAAAAAAUACAUUUUGUGGGGAUUUUUCUGUAUUAAGCUGUUAAAUAAAUGAAGUGUGCGUGACAACU